AAAAGACAAAACUAUAACGUUAGCGAGCUAACUAGCUACAUGGCGGAGAGUAGGGACGGAAUCGAUUGUUUGAGCCAAAAACUUUACAAAUAGCAUUUUUUUUCAAGGAAUCCUUUUAAAAUUAAGAAGGUUACACACGGAUAGUGUUCCUGUGUUUUUUCUUCUUUUUAAAUCGUUAAAGUCGGUUAUAUAUCGAAAAAAUGAAUUCAAACACGAAUGUAAUACAAGUGACGAACGUGUCUCCCAGCACAACAUCGGAGCAGAUGAGAACACUCUUUGGAUUCUUGGGGAAAAUCGAAGAAUUGAAAUUAUUUCCUCCUGAGUAAGUUAAUAAAACGGUUACUAUAAGUACCUUGGUUUAGCUGUAGGUGAAUCUGCGGAGAGUUAAAUGGGUUUUCCUACGCGCUAGCUUUUUAUCCGUCAAGAUGACGGACGGGCUGGAAAAGGAAAAUUUGACUCGGGCCUUUUUGGCCUUCUCGUAUUUCAAAAGCCGAACUAGCUAACGUUAGACCGCUAGGGCUGCGAAAGCUUGGUGGCUUGCUAGAUGUUACUAGCUUGCGGUUCUGCGGGCUCCCGCCAACAGGAGUACUGCAUUAGAUGGAGGUUGCUGGCUUGCUAGUUAGUCUAUUGCUGAACUACGAUGGAUGACACGGAAUGCGGACGAUCUGUUGUGUGUAGUUUUGCUGAUUGUCCAGCAAGCUACCGUUUGCAAGCUAAACGGAUCAACGUAGGAAUCGGUCCCACGCGCCCUCUAUAGUUGUAGUUCCAUAGCUUGCUAGCUGACGAACCUACUAUUUUACAGUAGCUAGCAAAAUAAAGUCAAAGCGGCCCACUGGCUAGGUUGAACGGCUUUCUGGAUCAUGUGCCGCUGGCAUUGCUGUGCAAAACGCGAUAUUUCGUUUUGGCGUUUGCUGCGCCUUCCUUCUAAUAAGGAUGUUAAUAACUUUUGCAGUACCAUCAAACCAAGUGGUAGCCUUGCCAACAAAUCAAACAUAAUUUAGCAGGCUGCGCGGUGGAGAGCAAGUCGGUGCUAAUUUGCUGGCUACGUUUAUUAAUAUCAUGUACGCUAGUACGUAGCUAGCCAGUGCAUGCACGCCCGUUGCUCAGGAAAAAGAUUGAGCCGCUGAACUCACGUUUAACGUAAAAUGAACAAGCAGUUAACGUUAAUUGGGGAGUGCAUAUUUCUGUGCAGUGAGUAAGCCAAAAAUUAACUUAUAUGUUCUGUGCUUUUGCUGUUUUUCACCUGUCGAAUAACAGCUGGCUGCACCUCAUAGCAACUGCAUUUAAAGGUAGGAGGCACGAGACAUCCUCCCUUGGCGCUUUUACGGCAAAGGCAAGACGGUUGAGCUGAGGAUUGCACAAUUGAUCUUUUUACGCCUGCUAGCUUCCAUUUCCAGAUGAAUAUAGAUAAUGAGAUCCAGCGACAUCAUCAGAGCAUGGCCAGAGUAUUGGAAGUACCUGUUCAGAAAAGUUGAAUCUGCUAAUAACGGUUGACUGGAUUUUUGAAGCUGUAAACAUAUCUGUAUUUCUUGCACAACCAGUUUAUAUUUUCUUCCAGUGAAUCUCCCUUGCCAGUGACUUCACGUGUCUGUUUUGUAAAGUUCCUUGAAUCUGAAUCUGUGGGAGUGUCUCAGCAUUUGACAAACACAGUCUUCGUGGAUAGAGCCUUGAUAGUCGUCCCAUUUGCUGAAGGUUUGUACAUUCUUUUUAUCUUUAUUUUAUUGUAUGAUUGUCCCCUUGUACUUCAGAAAGCAAUUGAUUUGCAUGGCUAAGGAAUCUCAUAACAUACCCUUGGUAUACUGUAGGAAACACCGAUUAAUGAAAAUUGAGCUUCAAACUGCUUGCUUAUGUAUGCUUAUUUUACAAAUUUACCUAUGAAUCAAAAGGGCAAAACAAACCCCUUUUCUCCCUGCAUCCGAUGUGCUGAUCUGCAAAGCAGGUUGCAUCAUUAUGGCAUACAAAGUCCCCUGUAGCACAUGAGCGGUGCAGUUUCUUCACUGUUAAAGAAGCCAUUGAACUCCAUGCAGUAUACCAAGGUCCGGAUGAAGCUGGGAUUGCUUUGAAGGAAGGAAGGAGUGAGGGAGACUGGGCUGGGACACCAUAAAGAGGGAGAACUAGACACUUUUCAUGUGUAACCAUGCAUUUCCCCUUUAGAUUAUUCUCUAUUAAACUUUUUUCUCUGUUAUUUGUGUGUGUGAUUUUUGUAGUGGAGAAGGCAUUUGCAGAGCCCCCUCCUUGAUGACUGAAACUGGUCCUCUGCAGCCAUCAGGGGAUUGUAGACAAUUACAAAAGGCCAGCCAGCAUUCAAGCCCCACUCUUCCCCCCCACCCCCACCCCCCCAGUGUUCUCUGCUUUUUGGUUUUAAGGGCUUUUUAGUCAGAAUGAUGUAUUGUAGCAGGCCAAUAAAUUUGUAUGAAGUUAAAUUAUUGCAGUGUAGCCAGUUCAAUAUAAAAAGCCAAUUCUGGUGCAUACUCUGUAUGCAAAGGAAAAUCUUAAGUAAAAGCUACUACUUUCAAAUUGUUAAAGUGCUAUACUAUAUUGCUACGCUAUUAAUUACGUGAGCUAAAUCCUGAAUCGAUCUUUGAAGCGGUUUGUACACUGCAAUUUCAUAUGUGUUACAAAUAUGACAUAAAAUUAUAUAUAUAUUUAUAUAUAUAUAUAUAUAUAUACGUACACAUACAUACAUACAUUACCUAUAUACCUAUUCAGGGAUUAUUAUCUUUGUUUACAUAAUAUUAACACGGUAAGAGACUGAGAAGGGAAACAGAAGCAUUGCAUGGCAUUUUUUUGGGCUGGGAUGACUAACUAUCACGUUAAGUGCCACUUUUAUUGCCUUCGUUUGUUGGCAGCACCUGUUUUAGUCAUGGUGAUGAUUCAUUUGCUUCACUGGUCCUGGGCUUUUCCUACUCAGUGAAAUGUGCACUAGGGGAAAAAUUGCACAUUUGUUGAGCUCUUUUGCCAGUGUACAUAUCUGUGUUUUCUUCCCCCAAGAGCAUAUGAUCGGACCAAAGUGAUGUUUGCAUUAACAAGGAGUAAGGCUCGACAUGCUGUAAAUAUCUUUGUGAACCCACUCCUCAUGACGCAAGAAGGAUCUAAUACCUUUUUAACGGUGGUCUUUCUUUUUUGUUGUUGUGUUUUACAGUUCUUUUUCCUGGUUCAGCCAGUCCUAUAUACCAGGCCCUGCUGAAAAUACCACCCAACAGUUUUGUCUUCUGCAGCUAAUCCUGUUUCUCAAGUGCCCUUUCUGCCCUUUCUGUGUUGUCUGUUUUCUGUAAAGAUGGCAGAUUUUGUUUCAAGUGAAAUUAAUUUUUCCGAUGUAUGCAUACCCAUGGAUCAUCUCAUAAGGUUUCCCUUAUUUAUUUUCCCUUCAGCAUUGGGCACAUAACUUACUAAUGUAAGCAGGGCUUUUGCUGGUAGUAAUCCUUGAUGAGCACACAGAUUACUGUGCUUUUGUUGUUUUAAGCGGGCAAGCACAACAAGGUAAGCAACCAGGCGGCCUGUCAAUAAUUAUACCGGCAGCCUGAAACAUUAGUCACCAGCAAAAGCCCGAAAAGUCUGAUUAAGAUUAAAUGUCUAGGUUUUUUUUUUUGUUUGUGUAUGGUAAGUUAGACCAUCAAAAAAACAAACUGUACCAUGCUGUUGACUCCCAAAAAUCAUGAACUCUUUUGUUUUGUGUAUCUUGAUUUUUCUGUGUGCUUUAUAGCGAAGCCGUCGACGCGAGUCGCUUGUUCAUAAAACGUCUUAUGAAACUUGAGAGCACACCCCAGUGGAGACCGGCUGUGCUCGCUUACGUUUGGUUCAUGACUUAAAAAACAAGUACAGGUGAUAACAUCUUGGCAGUGUUAACCACAGUAGUGUGUAUUGUGACAUUGAUCUCAUAUUAUGUUACAAUAAUAAGUAGGGUAAGGGGAAAAAGAAAAAAAUCUUUCAAAUUUGCUGAUUUCACAAAAAAAAGGAAGCAGUAUUGAUAUCAGUACAGAUGUAUUAUUGACUUAGUAUUCUGUCUAAGGAGCUGACUGCUUUUUUUUCUGGGUGUGUGUUGUAUUUUGUGAUUGAUGUUUGAGACGGCACAUGUUAACUCCUGUUUGUUUUCCUGCAGGAGUUAUUCCUGAUGAGACUAAAGCUUUGUCAUUGCUGGCGCCCGCUAACGCUGUAGCAGGCAUGUUGCCAGGCGGAGGCCUUCUGCCGACUCCAAAUCCACUCGCAUCCAUGGGAGGUGUCCCUUUGGGUGCCAUGGGAGGUCCCACACUCGACCCUGCCCUCGCCGCGCUGGGUUUGCAAGGGUCCAACAUGAAUCCCCAGUCUCUGACAGCCGAUCAGCUCCUGAAGCUCAUGACAUCUGUAGAUCCAAACAGGUUGAACCAUAUGGCGGCGGGGCUGAAUAUGAAUCCUGGAAUGAAAGCAGACACCUCCAACAAAGAGAUUGAGGAGGCCAUGAAGCGGGUCCGAGAAGCACAGUCAUUGAUCUCCGCUGCGAUCGAGCCCGGGAAUAAGAAAGAUGACAAGCGGAAGCAUUCAAGGUCCAGGUCCCGAUCAAGGCGAAGGAGGUCUCGGUCUCGCUCUAGACACAGGCGGUCCAAGAGCAGAUCAAGACGCAGGACUCGUUCGAGGAGCAAAAGGCGCUCCAAAAGCCCUCGCAGGAGGAAGUCUCAUUCAAAGGACAGGAGCAGACGCUCACGGAGUAAAUCCAGGGAUAGAAAGAAGGAGAAGGAGGUCAAGAAGCGCUCCAAAACGCCCCCAAAGAGCUACAGCACCACCAGAAGGUCCCGAAGCAUCAGCCGGAGGCGCAGAAGAAGCCGCAGUGCGACCCGAUCUCCGAAGAAGUCCAGGUCCCCGAAGAGGAAGCUCUCCAGGUCUCCCUCUCCCAGAAGGCACAAGAAGGAAAAGAAGAAGGACAAGGAGAGAGAGAGGGAGCGUGACAGGGGAAGGAAAGAGGAGAAGGACAGAAGCAGGGAAGUAAGAGAACGGUCAACUAGCAAAAAGAAGAAGAGCAAGGACAAGGAGAAAGAGAGGGAAAAGAAGUCUGACACUGAGAAGGGAGAUGUGAAGCGCUCUAAACAUGGACUGUUGCAACCAGAGAUGACUAUUAAGGCAGAAGUGAAUCAGGUCACCAGAGAUUACGACGAGGAAGAGCAGGGCUAUGACAGCGAAAAGGAAAAGGAGGAGAAGAUUCACACUGACCAGAGUGAAUCCCCAAAGCCCAAGGAGCCUUCAGUGGACAAGACCGAAGGGGGGGUAACGGUGAAGGAGUCCAAAGUCAACGGCGACGAUCACCACGAGGAAGACAUGGAAAUGAGCGACUGAUCGCUUCCAAACGAAUCUGCCAUCCUUGCAAACCUUUUACUAGAAUGUGCAUUGACACCAUUCCACAAGCUUUUCGUUUAUUUUUGAAGACUGCAAGAAAUAUGCUUUAUUACUCCAUAGAAGCUGGCAGGUUAAAAUGUAGUCUUAACUUUGGGGGGGGAAAAAACUGCAGUGGUUUUUUUUUUGUUGUAUUAAAACAAUUUGCAUCUUUCCAGUCUCAGUAGGAUAGACCAUGUAGGAUUAGCCAGUUUAUCUUAAGUAGGUGGAAUGACCUGUGUGCAUGUGAAAACUGUUCAACUUAAGUUGUUUGUAAUAAAAAAAUAAUAAAAACAUACCACAAAAAAAUCACUUUAGGAAAAUGGUUUUAAGAUUUUAUUGCUGUAAUUUUGUCAAGGGCCUGUGAUGUUGAGGAGCCCUGAUACAUGUUGAGCACAAUUCAUAUUUUUUGUGCUUCAAAUUAUACUGAAGAGUAAACCGGUAGAGUAAACAUGAACUAUUGAAUUAUGUAAAUUUUAAAAAUAUUUGAGGAAUUGGUCACUUGUCAAAUACUGCAUUUUAUAUUAAGCGGAAUUACUGUAAUUUAGAUGUGGCUUGCUUUCAACUAGAAUAAUACUUUUCACUGAAAGCUCUAUCUGGUGGAGUAUAAAUUGCAUUUGUUGUCCUUGCUUCACUCGACAGUUAAUACAGAUUUGCUAUUCAUGGAGUCUUGUGGUGCUUUCAAACUUCCCCUUUCUCAUAAUAUCCAGUAGGUUGAAAUACUUUUUGUGGGUGUAAUCGCUCCAUGUCCCUGUCAAAUUUUGCCAUGUUUUAUUAGUGAAAACCUUUGAUAAUAAAACUUGUUGGAAAAACUUGUA